AUGGUAGUCGGGGUGCCAAUCCCCGGCCGGUCUCCUUCGGUUAGCCCAUGCACGGCAUCUUCCGGAGAAGAGCCAGGAAAGGCGGAGCCCUCCAAGAAGGAAGCAGCGAAGAAGCCAGGUUCCAAGCCAGCCAAGGCAACUGCCAAGCAGAAGCAGCUUCCGAAGAAGGAUGCGAAAGAGGAGGAGAAGGAGGUGGCUGCAGACGGGUCGGAGAAGAUGCGAGCUGCGUUGCAGGCCUUGAAGCAGCGCCGUGCCGACCUGGAUGCAGCCCAUCAAGAACUCGACGCUUCAAAGUCUCAGAUAGAGGAACUCCGCCAGCAGCUAAAAUCUGCAAGAGCCGAUCUAGAUUCCGAGCGUGAAGCAAGGGCUUCCGCGACUCAGCAGAUGGAGUCUGCGCUGCAGAGGCUGACAGCGGAGCUUCAAGCCACAGAAUUGGCAAAGGCAUCGCUGGCCUCGGAAACAGCAAUCCUCAGGACGCAAGAAACGGAGCGAUUGUCUGAAAUCCAGCAGUUGCAGAAGGCUUGUGCUGAGUCGAAAGUUGUUCAAUCUGAACUGGACCACGUUCGUUCCCAGUUAGAGUGCGCACUGCAAGAAAAGUCGGCAGCUGUCAAAGAUGCAGAAGCCCUGCAAGUGCGAACAUCUACUCUGGGAAGGGAGUUGGAGGUUCUGAAGAAGAGCCACAGCAGUUUGACGAGCGAAAUCACACAGCUAAAGACUGCGCUGGGAGAUGCGAAAGCCAAGGCCUCUGAUGCAGACGUGGAGAUCCGUGGGCUGCGCAAGGAUGUGGAAGACGCUCGAAGAGCGCAGGCGCAUGCAGAAGAGAUAGUCAGACGGGGACCAUCCGCAGCAGAGGCUCGAAGAGCGGGCUUUGCGGUGGACUCCGCCCGGGCUGAAGUCGAAGCCGCAUGGUCGUUGGUGGGGCCCGGCCUAGACAGGUUACAACAAGCACUGUUUGCUGCCGGUUUGCUCCAGGCUUGCAGGCCGGCAGACAAAUGCGGUGCAGGUGAUCCCACAGCACGACAGGAUGCCUCUGCUGCGAAGAAGCCCAAGCGCGAGCGUGAAGAGAAAGGUGAGCGAGGAGAUCGAGGAGGCAAAAAAGAGAAGAAGGACGAUACCGUCAAAAAGAGCAAAAAGGACAAAAAGGGCAAGAAAGACAGAAGGAAGGAAGGGGAGGAAGGCAGAGAUGUGGAGGAUCCUCGUGCCUCACGCCGUGCCCCGGAAGCGUCGGGUAGCUCCUCUUCCGACGUUGAGGUUGGGCAACUUGCGGGUACUGCUGGUCCAUCCAUCUUGAGAUCCGCCGGCCCAAGACCAAAAGGAAGCAGUCGCAACGUCACCUUCAGCAUCGCGAACCAGGUUGAUGUUCUUUCCUACCGCGCUUGCGGCGAACACCUCUGGUUUCCCAACCCUCAAUCGAACGUUUUGUGUGAACGCUGCAAGAGGAGGGUGCCACAGAGGCUCGGACAGCUGAGAGGCGGAAACGGAAAGUCGUCCUUCAUGUGCGACGAGUUCUUUUGUGACGAUUGCUCAGCGAAGUUGACACUCUCCACCUGA